CGGGCACUCACCCAGUCGAUGCCAUCGUAACCAUGAGGGCAACCGCGGUUCGAGGGAUUGCCUCGCGGCCGGGGACGGCGACUAGCACGCACGGCCGGAGGGUGCCUUCAGCUGGGCGGCGAGUGUCGAGCCGUGUCGCGGGCAAUGGUCCUGGGGCGCGCUGGCGAGGGCUGCUGUCGACGGCGGAAGGAGCAGGGCGAGCAGGAGCAGCAGCGGCAGCAGCAGCGGCCGGAGCGACGCAGCCGGGCAGAGAGGGCGUAUGCGACCGACGACGAGGAUCCAGGUGCGAAGGGAGGGACGGGGCGUGCUGGCUCUGCUAGUCGACACGCUGCUGGGUCUCGCGGUUUGCGGGCAGACGGACAGGAAGCAGCAAGGCAGGGCCGGGGUCUCGCAAGUCAUCAGGACAGGAGCGACGCGGGAUAUUUAACACGAAACCCCUGCAGACGUAGCACGGCACGAAGCCCAGCAGGACCCCAGGCGCAUCCAGCAGCGCUGACGCUGCUGCUUCUCGUCGACCGAGGCGUCGCGGCUCCACCCUUUGGUGGGUGUCUGGGAGCCGCCCGCAAGUUUAGGCCCUUAGCACCACCGCUAUUGAUUUGGCCCGCCGUCCAAAACCUACCAUUUCGGAGCUGGGCCUGCUGCAGCCUAGCGCGGCCCGGCCAGCUGGAACCUGGUUGCUGCGAGUAGCCAAAUUGGCGGGUGUAGUCUCGUUCCCCCAUGCUCUCGCCACAAAGGGCAAUGGCCCCUGUCAGGCCGUGAGCGGCCAGCGACAUUCACUCAGCGCCUGAAACCACGUCUAGCCUGCCCAC